AUGGGCUGGAGCGACCUCGCUGGUUACUCGGACAAGGUCCGGCGCGAUUUUCUCGUCCCCUCGUCAGGAUGGAUCGGUGACAUUGUCAUACCCGCUUCGGAUGUCACUGGGAUAUGGGACAUCUUCCUUGUAUCGCUGCUGUUUGUCUCGUGGUGGAUUGCGAUCCGGACGAGCGACCGAGUCGUAGCGCUUGUGCUUGCUCGAGCGUUUGACACGACGAUACCUCUUCAGCAUUAUUUGAGUACCAACGCCAAGGUGCAGAAGCUCCACGCCAAGCACUGCGAGCAGUAUUGGCGAAUCUGGUACAUUGCCACUGCGGUUGAGGGAGCUGCAUACUUUUUGUUCCACCCCGACCUCUUCACCCUGGUGACUUGCUUCAAGACGACAGUGAUGAUGCUGGCUUGGCUUGGCAGAAACAAGGACGGGAAUUUUCUGAUUAGUGGUCAACAGGGAUUAGAGCCAAGCCGGGCGCGACGGCGCCUGCAGCUGCUUCGGACAGGCCGAAAGAGCCCAAGGAGAAAGGCUGGAACGACAAGCUGA